AUGUGUCUCAAAAAAAAAGACCCUACGUCGACGUCUCCGCCUUGCUCUAUCCAUCCGUCGGCGAUGCAGGCCGCCGUCGCCUUGAGCCAGAGCCAGGCGUCCCUUCUCGUCCGGCGGCUCCCAAGGCCUUACUGCUACGCCGGCGGGCCGGAGCCGGAUGAUGGCGUGCUGCUGCUACGACGACGAGGCGUGUCGCUCCCGCUCCCGCGGCUGCGGCUGCGGCGCGCCUGUUGCUCCGCGAGCCUACCCGUCGGUACCGGCGCCGGCGCCGGCAGUGAGCAUGUCCCUGUAUUCCCAAGACAAAAAACAUGGGAUCCUUACAAGCUUCUUGGUGUUGACCAUGAUGCAUCUGAAGAAGAGAUCAAUAGUGCAAGAAACUUCCUCCUUCAACAAUACGCUGGGUAUGAAGAAAACGAAGAGGCAAUUGAAGGUGCCUAUGAUAAGAUAAUGAUGAAGAGCUACUCACACCGUAAGAAGUCCAAAAUCAACCUGAAAAGGAAAUUAAUUAAGCAAGUUGAAGAAUCCCCAUCAUGGGUUAAGUCACUGCUUGGACACUUUGAGGUGCCAUCGAUGGAUGUUGUGUCAAAAAGAUUUGCUCUUUUCGGAUUUAUUGCUGGGUGGAGCAUCGCAACUUCUGCUGAGACUGGACCUACCUUCCAGCUUGCACUGGCACUCGUGUCAUGCAUAUACUUUCUCAACGACAAGAUGAAAAACCUUGCCAGGGCGUCUGCUACAGGGCUUGGACUCUUUGCGGGUGGCUGGAUAGUAGGUUCGCUGGUAGUCCCAGUGAUCCUUCCGGCAUUUAUUUUCCCGCGUACUUGGUGUCUGGAGCUCCUUACUUCGCUGGUCGCUUAUGUAUUUCUAUUCUUGGGUUGCACUCUCGUCAAGUGA